AUGAAAGUCAGCGCACUGCAGGGAGAUCGGCCGUUAGCCCAAGAUGGCGAUGACGGAAGCGGUGAUGUUCCUUUGAUUCCCAACAUCAAGGAGCUCGGCUGGGUCGAUUUCAAACCACAGCUAGCGACCUACUGGCCUCUGCCCGACGACUGGCCACAUCGAAAAGAAAUGGAUGAUGAGCCGAAACACGUCAUCGAGAUACUCAAGGAACAGCCACGCCAGGGCCAAUUCUUCAGAGUCGCCGACAUCUCUUUUUCUGCAGUCGGAAACUCAGCCGUUGUCCAGAACAUAAGCCACAACACAGAUGCCUACCAAAUUCGGAUAAGAUCAGAGAUUCUGAUCAGGACCCUCAGUGAACUCACAGGUUGUAAGACAAAAUUAGGGCCGUAUGGACAUCGGCUUUUGCUGCUGCGACCGUUCAAGCUUCUCAUAAGCUUUGAAAAGGACAUUAGAAACCGUUUGGAGGAAUUGGAGAAGCUUCAUGCCACUGGGAACCACGGUGAUCCUCGGGAGGAAGCCCCAUCGAAAGGUAGCCAGGAACCAAGCCAUGCUGCUGGCCCGCUCAAGGAGACACAAUCCGUCGAGGCGCUGAAACAUCUCGGAGUUCUGUGCCGUGCAAUCAACACUUAUCUGACUCGUCCUAUCAAGCUUCAGCACAGUUUGAGCCAUGAAAGUGGCCCCACGAUUACAUUUCACGACUUGUGGUGUCUUUUCAAACCGGGAUAUGAGGUUGUUGGCCAAGAGAUGUCACGGAUGCAGCUGUAUCGAGUCGUCAACACCACCGGAGGCCGCGAUAACGCCAGGGAUCAGAAUAUUGGGAUGGCACUCCCUGUUAUGCGUACUCCGGGUCUACUCGCAUCCGAGAAGCUGAAAAAGGAGGGCUACUCGCAUGGCUCCUUGGUCUUGGAGUGCUUUUACAUCCAUUUUGAUGGCAUUCAUUUCGGGCCAGUGAACAGGACAUUUCAUAUCCGCAGGUUUGAUGGCGAAAGGCCGAUAAACUCGCUACCUAUCGUACCACUAAAAUUCUACAAGGAUGCGCAAGAGACCCGGGAGAAACUUCUCCACAGAGGCAGGGAGUUCGCCAAGUUAGCAAACCCAAAAGUCAGAGCUCACCGCAAGUACAAGGGAUUGACGCUGGAUAAGAAUCAAGAACAGGUCGAGUCCGAGGUCAUCGUUGACUUUGAGCUGGCGUUCCUACAGAAGAAAGACAGCAAGCCUCAUCUAGGAUUCGAGGGCCUCCUGGUUUCUGACGAGCAUGGCGAGUUACAUGACCCCAUGUUAGGUAGCAUCCCGUGCACUGUACCGGGAUGCUGUAGCAAUGAUUCCAUCUUCAUGGACUACGAGGUGGAUGCAUACGAGCGGAACAGCUUCAAGGAGAGCAAGAAGCCUCUUCUCGAGAUGGUCCCGGCCGGAUCAAGGGCGUUAACUAAUGACCAGUUGGUUUUGCUACCGCCCCAGGUGCACGGAUUCGUUUUGAGGACUAGGAGAUGGGCCACGUUCGAUAUUGAUCUCCUCAGCGACCCAGAAUAUGUCGAUGGCUGGAGCAACCUCGUCAUCGAUCCCGAUAUCAAAGAGACAGUACUCGCCCUCGUCGAGAACCACCACGGGUCCCAGGACCAUCAAGCCAAGUCCGAUGCAGGCCUUUCGUCCGUGGACUUGAUUCAAGGCAAGGGCACCGGCCUCAUCAUUCUUCUUCACGGUGAACCCGGAGUCGGCAAGACAAGCACCGCCGAAUGCGUUGCUUCACACACCAAACGACCAUUGUUCCCCAUCACCUGUGGAGACAUCGGAGACAAGGCUGAGACUGUGGAAGCGAAUCUGGAAAAGAACUUUCAACUGGCUCACAGGUGGGGAUGUGUGCUGCUCCUCGAUGAGGCUGACGUCUUCUUGAAUGCACGUGACGAGGACAUCCAACGAGACUCAAUCGUGUCUGUGUUUCUAAGAAGCCUCGAGUACUACAGUGGCAUCCUGUUGUUAACAACGAAUCGAGUCGGACACAUAGACAGGGCGUUCAAGUCCCGCAUCCAUCUGAGUCUUUUAUACAAGAGACUGGACCUUGAUCAGACAAUGAAGAUCUGGAAAAACAACAUCAAGAGGAUUGAAAAUCAGUUUGAGCGGGAGGGAAAGAAAAUUCGUUGCAAACAGAGCAGUAUCCUCCACUUCGCCAAGCGACACUUCGACGAGUUGGACGAAUCAAAAAGCCUAGUUGUCUGGAACGGAAGGCAGAUUCGCAAUGCAUUCCAGACAGCCGUUGCCCUCGCCACUUACGAAGCCAAGACAGGGGGGGUGCCGGUUCUGGGCUCUGAGAAUUUCGAAAAGGUGGCGAGGACAGCAAAGCAGUUUGAAAGGUAUCUCAAAGGAGUGACUCUUUCAAGCGACCCUGAAUAUGCUAGAGCUAGCCGAUUGAGGGACGACGAGUUUUCGUCAAGUUGCUCCAGCGACAGCGAAACAGAGGAAAGGGGGAGGAAGAGAAAAAAGGGGAAGAGAAAGACAGGCAAACGGCAGAAAAAGAAGGGGAGGCGGGCGAGGGAUAGCACAGACGAGUCGAGCGAGGACAGUAACAAGGUUGGAGAGUCGGAUUCGGACAGCAAAUCCUCUAAUUCGAGUGAUAGGGCACGAAAGAGAAAGAAGGUGUAG